AUGAUUGGCCUGAGCGGUUUGCGACGCCGACACAGUCAAGGCACUUUGGCACUUCUUGGUUGCUGUGCGCUCACAGCGUGCUGGGCCAACAGCUUCGUGCUAACAGGCUCUGCUAGCACCAGUGCGCCAAAGGGGAGACCUGUGCUGGACUCCUCACGCCUUCCCCGAAGAUACUGGCAAUCAUCGGGCCCAAAGCCGGAGGAGGAGACUGUGGAAGGAACUGUGAUUCCAGGUCUUAUACUCACGGCCCUUGUCAGUUACCUUGGAGUGGUCCCGCUCGUAUUUGGAGUCACUCCCGAAUUUCUCUUCUCCAUACUCAUCAUUGCUAUCUUGGGCAUCUUCGCAAACACGCUGGCUCUUGCAGUGAACAUGAACUUGCCGACCUGGAUAGACUUCCAGAUACAGAAGCAGCGAAAAGAGCAGAAAGCCAAGGAAAGCCGGUGGCCAUGGUAG